GCGUCACUGGAGCCCCGGGGAGGGCGGGAGGAGGAGGAGAGGCCGGCGAGCGCAGCCAGGAGAGAAGCGCCGCCUGUUAGUCCUGCCUGGAGUUUGUCUCCUUCCAGGAGCAGCACCACGGCGGAGGAGAGGCAGAAGCAGAGAGCGAGCGAGCGAGCGGGGAAGGAGGAGCCACAGCCGGAGCCAAGGCUACAGCUGCGGCACGGUGGGGGCGGAGAAGAGCUCCUCCGCCGCCUGCCUCCCGGUCCGCUGUCCUCUCGAGCACGAUGCAUGAGACGGCGCAGUGAGAAGGGAGCCUCUGCCCGCUAGGAAAAAUGAUUCCUUGCUGAACAAAACAAAUCAUAAAGAACAAACAAAACCUCUAUAAGCAAGUUCUCCAUUGAUGAGGGAGUGGAUCCCACACGGCAUUGCUUUAUUAUGGGCACCACAAAUGAAGAGACUGUUUCGAUGGAGCAGAACUUGAACCCUCUGUGCUUUGAGUGUGGCCAACAACAUUGGACGCGGGAGAACCAUUUGUACAAUUACCAAAAUGAUGUUGAUGAUGACUUGGUUUGCCAUAUUUGCCUUCAGCCCUUGCUACAGCCAUUAGACACGCCCUGUGGUCACACAUUCUGCUAUAAGUGCCUACGGAACUUUCUGCAGGAGAAGGAUUUCUGCCCUUUGGAUCGCAAAAGGCUCCAUUUUAAGCUGUGCAAAAAAUCCAGUAUCCUUGUUCAUAAACUGCUCGACAAGCUCUUGGUCUUGUGUCCCUUCUCUUUAGUAUGUGAUGAAGUAAUGCAGAGAUGUGAUCUGGAGGCGCACCUCAAAAACAGGUGUCCUGGGGCUUCUCAUAGAAGAGCUGCCUUGGAGAGAAGGAAAAACAGCAAAUUGCAGGCUGACAUGGAGAGCGAGAACGAGAGCAAUAUGAUGGAUAACCCAAGCUGUCAAUCUCCCGAUGCAGAGCAUGCUGGGACGGGGACAGUACCAGUGGAGCAGAACUCUACAUCAGCAACUGUUCCUGUGUGGACAGAUGAGUCAGGCCUUGACAACCCUGCCUUUGAGAACACAGGCGCUGACACAACCCAUCAGGUCCCAAGUUUGCCGGAAGGCGAGAUCACCACCAUUGAAAUCCAUCGGUCCAAUCCUUAUAUUGAGCUGGGAAUUAGCAUAGUGGGUGGCAAUGAAACACCUUUGAUCAACAUUGUUAUUCAAGAGGUUUAUCGAGAUGGGAUUAUUGCCAGAGACGGAAGACUUCUUGCUGGAGAUCAAAUACUGCAAGUCAAUAACUUUGAUAUCAGCAACGUGUCCCACAACCAUGCCAGGGCCAUCCUUUCCCAGCCUUGCACAGUACUACACCUCACUGUCCUCCGAGAGAGACGAUUUGGAAGCCGGACUCACAAUCACAGCGAUAGCCCUCCCCAGCGAGAGGAUAGUUUCCACGUGACCCUGCACAAGCGAGACACCAAUGAACAGCUUGGCAUCAAGCUAGUGCGCAGGACGGAUGAGCCAGGGGUUUUUAUACUUGACCUACUGGAAGGGGGCUUGGCUGCUCAGGAUGGCCGACUCUGUAGCAAUGACAAGGUGUUGGCGAUCAAUGGUCAUGACCUGAAGCAUGGCACACCUGAAUUGGCUGCCCAGAUUAUCCAGGCCAGUGGAGAGAGGGUGAGUCUAACCAUUUCCCGACCAGCCAAGUCACAAAUUGUGAGCAUUCUCAGAGAUGGAGGGAUUCAUCCCAUCAGUCAGCAUCAGUCCCAUCAGCUCUAUCAUAGUAACAGGCCCAGCCCACACAAGGAUCUCUCCCAGUGUGUUACGUGCCAAGAGAAGCACAUCACAGUGAAGAAAGAGCCUCAUGAAUCCCUUGGCAUGACAGUGGCAGGAGGCCGAGGCAGCAAAAGUGGAGAAUUGCCCAUAUUUGUAACGAGUGUGCAACCUCACGGCUGCUUGGCAAGAGAUGGCAGGAUCAAAAGAGGUGACGUCCUGAUGAAUAUUAAUGGCAUUGAUCUGACCAACCUAAGUCACAGCGAGGCAGUGGCCAUGCUCAAGGCCAGUGCUGCCUCCUCGGCUGUUGCCCUUAAAGCUUUGGAGGUCCAGAUUGCUGAAGAACAGCCCCAGGCAAAUGAGGAGCAGCCAAGUACCAUCAGUGAGAAUGAAUAUGAUGCAAGCUGGUCGCCAUCGUGGGUGAUGUGGCUGGGCCUUCCAAGCUGCCUGCACAGUUGCCAUGAUGUCGUGCUACGGAGGAGCAAUUUAGCAAGCUGGGGCUUUAGCAUUGUUGGAGGCUAUGAGGAAAAUCACACAAAUCAGCCUUUCUUCAUUAAAACGAUUGUUCUGGGGACACCAGCAUACUUUGAUGGAAGACUAAAAUGUGGCGAUAUGAUAGUUGCAGUCAAUGGACUUUCAACCGUGGGCAUGAGCCAUUCAGCGCUGGUUCCUAUGUUGAAGGAACAGAGAAACAAAGUAACUUUGACAGUUAUCUGCUGGCCAGGAAGUCUUGUAUAGACUCGCAGAAACCCCUUUGGUUUAAUCAACUUAUUUUUUCUAGAUGGCUGGUUCAAACUAUUCAAGCUGGGUUUGUUUUUUCUACUACUGAUACAGCUGGUAAUAAGCUGGGCCAAAAACUGCUUCAUUCAGAUCUGGGGGGUGGGGAGGGAAGAUCCUCAACCUCACGGUGUGUGUAUCUCCAUCUUGAAACAGCCAUGUCUGCCAUGUUUGUUGUGUUUGACUUUAAUUUUUGUUUCCUUUCUUCGCAAGUUGGCAUUCAAACUGUCCACAUGCACGGGCCGAAAGAUCUUGGGUGGGCUUGCAGAGGUUGGCUUCUUGGAGGGUAGCAGUGCUUCUCUUCACAUGCAGCCAGCGCACUGAUGUGCCAGCUUGCCAGAUACCAACCGUGCCGAGCUCUGCGCUGACAGAUACUGGUCUGAAUGUACUUACAGGAUCUAUAGUGGUGGUAGAACAGCAACUUUUAUACAAAAUGUAGCCACAAGCCCCACUUAAGAGUAGGUACCACUUUUGCGAGUCCUUCCUGUUUGCUUCUAGGUUUGCAGCCAACAUUGCUUGAGAAGGAGACACCUAGAAGCACCUUGUGUUCUUGUUGACGUGUGCUCCUAGUAUUUUGCCAGAGGGUAUUUUGCAGAUGCUCCUAUGUCUCUAGAGUCACAGGUAUAGUCAGUCUCUCUCUCUCUCUCUUUCUCGCUCUCUCUAAUUCCUUGGCAAUUUCCUCAGUGAUGGCUGCCACAUAGAAGCAAUAGGAAGUCAUUCCUCAUGGUGCCUGUUUGCCAUAACAGCUGUAGCAUGUGAGAUCACCACACUGUGUAGAUCACCUCCGUUGCAUGCAGAAAGACUCCACAUUAGUGCCAGCCACCACUAGCUAUGUUCAGUGCUGGCGUGGAAAUUUCCAGCACAAGGAGAUGGUGGAUAUGGCUCACCAUCAGUUAUAGCAGGGGUUCCCAACCUGUGGUACUCCAGAUGUUGCUGAACUACAACUCCCAUUAUCCCCAGCCACAAUAAAUUGAAGCUGGGGAUGGUGGGAGUUGUAGUUCAACAAGAUCUGGAGUACCACAGGUUGGGAACCCCUGGGUUAUAGCAUCAGUUAUAGCUUUUGCCUCACAGAAGCAUUUGCUGUAGUGGAUUUCAUGUUGCAGUUGGAGCAUCCAAGUCUGCCCCUAAUGAUGUGUAACCAGCAAUCCCAUGUUUCGUUUUCCAAGCAUGGUAAUUGCUUCAAGGGCACCUUCCAUGCAGUUCAUUUCUAGCAUAGGCAUUGGCCCCCGAGGCUGUAGCUACACUAGGAUAGAUCUACAGGUUAGUUUUAUAUAGUUCACACACACAUACCAAUACAUAACCAGCCUGUGAGAGCUGCACUGUGUCAUGGGUUGUCUGUGCAUCAGAGGCAUACCAAUGUGCACCUUAUCUGCAAAAUCUGGGCUGUGCUAUGGACAAGGUUGAGUAUACUCUGUGAUAAAGAUAUCCAAAUUCUGUAACCUGAAUAAAUUGUGGAUACUUGCAAUUACGGCUGUAUUUUGCAUAAUUUAUCUUGCUUGUAAUAAUCACAGGGUAAGCCAAGGAGCCAUACUGCUCAAUGAAACCCUAGCCCCUUUGCCAUGGGGGGUUCUGCUCAACACCCUUCUAAAAAUUUGAUAGAGAUUAGCCACACCUUUUCUGCCAUAAAGGCUAGAAACGUACUUAUGGAAAAUGAUACUAAAAAGUGAGUUUCUAUGGAUAUUGACUUCUCUGUGCCAAACACCCAAUCCCACCCUUCUGCAGGAUGCUCAGAGCAAACACAGCCCUGGCCAUGGGUGCAUGGGAUGCUUCCCAAUGCACAGGUUUGAUAGCAGAUUGGUAUAAGUGCUGAUGCAAUCACUAUAUGUGGUUGUUCUGGGUCCAGAUCAAUGUUUGCAUCAUUUCACCCCACACUGCACAAUUUCUGAUUUAAGAGGUAUUGGGCAGGUUCACACAACUGCCUGUAAGUACCAAGCAGGUAUGAGAGGAACUAGAGAUCACAGGGAGUGCGCACUUCUGCCGGAUGUGUUGUGUGAAGCUGCCAGUGUGCCCAUUUAUCGACUUUCGCCUUAGACUUCACCGACUACAUUAAGCUAACAUCAAUUCCUGGUUUCAAGUUGGAUGGAGACUCUAAAGUGGAAGUUCGUAACCAGGUACGUUGGCAGCUUCAUGCAACAUGCCCGAUGGAGGCCUGUGAUCUCUGGUUUCUCUUCUACCCACUUGGUAAGUACUUACAGGCGGUUGUCCAUUUUGUGCACUGCCACCCUCCUUCCUGUGUUGACAUGCAAGUGUAGGUAUAGUCUAAAGCAGUGCUGCUCAGCUUCAGCCCUCCUGAAGAUGUUGGCCUACAACUCCCAUAAUCCCUGGCUAUUGGCCACUGUGGCUGGGGAUUUUGGGAGUUGUAGUCCAAAAAUAGCUAGGGGGCCUAAGCUGAGCAGGUUUGGUCUAAAGCUCUCCAGACAAGUGGUAUCCUGGCAAUAUCUGAGAGCUAGUUCUGCAUAAUCUCUCUUAAAUUUUUGCUAAUUGAAAUAGUGAUCAUCUAGGCACAGCUUCUUUUUCCACCAAAGAAACUUUGAUGCUAGAAAUCUAGCUAGUUCUAUCUUUCUUUGGCUCUUAAAAAUAAAUAAAUAAAGAGGGACACACAUUUUUUUAACAUCGUCAUAUUCACCUGCUGUGUUCUUCCAUAAGCUUCCAAGAAUCUUUCUUGGCAAGAACUUGUUUUCAUCCCAUAGUUUUAUUUAUGGGUCAUUAGUUCUCAUAAAGUAGGACAAAAGCCUGGAGUUUUUUUUAAAAAAUAAAGUGCAAUAAUUGGACAAUUUCUUAGAAAACUAUUUAAUAUAUGAAUAGGUUUGUACCCUACAAUAAAACAAUGUUGAUGCAAUUUACCUGCAAUGCUGGCAACCAUUUUAAAAAAUGGAGGGUAAGUUUUGAUUGAUCUGCAAUGUUAGCAUUUACUGAUAUUACUGUUCCAAAUGAAUGUUUUACUAUGUAAGGAUUUUGAUGAACCUUUUUUCCUAAAAACCAUUUUUACAGUUUAUAUUGCGGCUGUCUGUAGCUCUCUUGAGUGCAUCACAUGCAAAAUCAGAGAAAUAAAAGGGAAAAGCUAUUGUUAGGAGUGCUACAUUUAGGAAGCCCAAAACAGACUUUUCUAUCUCCCCCCUCAGCCCCCAAGCUGUGAGAAAGAGAAAUUUGCAUUUUUUCCUUGUUCUGUCAUCUGCUGACAAAAGCCCAGAUGCCUUCACAUAAAAUGCUGAAACAAUCUGCCAUGUUCUUGGUUAAUUGAUCUGUCGUUGAGUUAAUGACGGGUAGCCUGCUUUAAACUUAGCGUUUACAUUUCUAAACCAAACUGAUGACUUCACGCAUGUUCCAGUUGCUCUGUGACUUGAACAGAAGGGGCAUCCUUGUGGCAAGGCACUCCAAUGCGUGCUCUCCAAGUGGAUCCAUCCAAGCUUCAAACAUGGGUCAAACGUUUUGCCUACUUGAAACAUGCGAGUUCUGAAUGGUCAACUACCCUUAUGAAUUAUCUCUGUAUUAUAAUGCUAGUAUCAAUGAUCAGAGAAUGUAUUCCAACACAUAUAUCCAUGGUGGGCAUGAGCCUUUGUUUUUCUCUUUGUCCAACCCCCUGAUUUAGCAGCUAUGUGAUGCGGAAUAUUACGGCAUGUCACUGUUUCAACGUAACUUUGUUCAAAAUAAAGCUACAGGCCUUUGCAAAAAAAAAAACCAACAAGAGUCCACAGUAGA